UGCAGAUCAAGAAUAUCGUCUACCACGCGGUCAAGGACUCCCUCUGCUGCCUGGAGGAGGCGCUGGAAGAGAAGUGAAGCCGCGCCGCUCCUCGCCGCCCUCCCCGCCCCUCCCCAAUUGAUCUCAACCUCGAACGUAACGUUAAUCGCUAAGUUCCGCAUUUAACUUAAGAUUGCGCCGGCGCAGUCGCGCGGCGGCGGUGUGUGUGCAAUGUAAAUUAGUCUGAAUAUGGUGAUAUCGUUGAGACGUGGAUGUUUUUAUGUUCCUUAAAUGAUUUACAAAAAAAACUUUUCAAAGUUUCAGCUUAAUUGUAGUUAAUAGUGUAUGUAAUGUGUAAAUUGACUAAUUCGAAUUCCAUCGAGUACAUAUUAAGAAGUAACUUUUAAGUUAUUGUAUUGAAGUGAAAACGUAUUCGCUCGAAGCAUUGUACAUUGUUAUGUGUAGAUAAGUUUCUCCUAUAAUAUUAGUUUUCUCAAUUUGUUUGGUAUGUUACAAAAGGCAUAGUUAAACGAGAUAUGCGACAAUUUUAUUUUGUCCUUAUUGCUGCAUUAGACGAAGCAUGUUUUUUUGUACUGUGUAUAUUAUGUACGGUUAUAAGUUGGAAUAAAAAAAAGAAGUUUAUAUUA